AAGAUGGCUACGAAUGUAAGUCUGGACCCCAAUAACCCUGAUGACAAGUGCAGUCGCUAUGAAGUUUUGUCCUGGAUCAACGAAACAUUACAGACUAAUUUUACUCAAGUGGAGCAAUGUCGUUCAGGUGCGUGUUUUUGCCAGCUUAUGGACUUGCUCUUCCCAGGAUCCAUCGACAUGAGCAAAGUAAAGUUUGAGUCCCAAAAGAGGUCUGAUUUUAUACAGAACUACAGUCUUCUGCAGACAGUUUUCCGAAAAUCAGGUGUAAAAGAGCCAGUCCCUGUGAAGCAGCUUCUCACAGGAAAGUUUAGAGCCAAUUUCACCUUUCUGAAAUGGUUCAAGAAAUUUUUCUUUGCCAAUGAGAGGCGAGGGAAAGAGUACAACCCAGUUGAAGCUCGUAAUGGUCAGGAUAUUGUACAAGUAGAUGACCCUGUUAAGUCUCCAAAAUCCUGGAAAAUUCCACGUGAAUCUGGCAGAGUAAGAGACGAGUCUGACAAAGACAUGGAAUUGAAUGGAAGGAGGCGACCUGUGACCUAUGAUCCUAAAUGGCAAAGAACCUUCAAAUGGAUCAGAGCCAGCCAUAUGGGAAACAACUGUGCUUACUGCACAUUGUGUGACCUCAAUAUCGUUCUACACGCAGGUUUUUUCGAUCUUAAGCGACACCAGCAGGCUGAGAAGCACAUGACGCAUGAGAUGGGAGGAUUAAAUUCAUCUGGUAGAAAGCUGAUAGAAAACUCUAUUUCCUAUAGUGAAACCAUGCUGCUUUUCAUUCAAAACCAUUGCCUUUCCAGUUCACCCUCAAGGAUAAACAAGGUCUCCCAGCGUACUGCAAGCUACAUCCUCGGCCUAAAUUAUCCAAAUGAUAUUGUUUCUGCUUGUAAGAUCAAUCCGUACUGUAUCUACAUAUACGGGCAGGUGCCACUUGAUGCAGAAAACAUAAAAAGGAGCUCCUGCCAUGCAGUGCUAGUCGGCUUUUUUGAGGAAAAGCGAUCAAGAUAUUGUAUCCGUCUCCUUGAUGUCUUUCAGGCUGAAGAUGGUAUCUCUGUAUCUGGAUGUUUACUCAAUGUCCUCCAAAAAUUUGAGCUUCCUGCUGGCAACAUGGUAGCUCUUUAUGUUAAUGGCCAGGAACAGACCUCAGGAAGUGUUGUGUCGCAGAUUCAGGAGCUCAACCCACAGGUGAUUGAUCUUGGUGGACUUUACAGCGUACCUGACUCUGCCUGCAAUGCUGGCCUACAGGCUCACUCCAGUCAGGUUCAGGAGCUUAUUGCCAACAUCUAUGAACACUUCUCAACUUGUUCCACCAGCAACGACAACCUCAAGAUGCUGUUUGCGGGCAUUGAUGAACUAAAAGACCCCAGCACUCCCCUCUCACACAGUUGUGAGGAGUUUUGUGUGCUUGUUCAAAGGAUGCUUGGAAUGUGGAGUGAUUUGGUAUCAUACUUCACUUCCUGCGAUGAAAAUAAUGAUAAAGCUAAACAAAUUUGUUCGCAGCUGGAGAAUCCUAAAAUUAGAAUCACCUUGAUGUUUCUGGAUCAUGCUCUUGGACCACUCCGUGCCUUUGAGCAGCACCUGCAACAAAGCAAAGGCUCUGUUCGUGCUGAUCUUGUCCAGGUCCUUCGAGAAGCAAGUGGGCUCCUACGUUCGUAUGCCUCCAGCUUUCUUCGCCCUCAAGCAGUUAUACGCUACCUGAAGGAACGAGACCCAGCCAUCCUGGAGAACUCAACAUUCUGUCUUCCUGCUACUGAGCUCAGUCUAGGUGGUGUGGUAGAAGACUUCAUCUCCGCCAGAGAAGAAGAACUAGCAGUUUACCUGAACGUGUUUCAUGAUGAGUGUUUAGCUUUCUACAAAACUCUUACGACCUCCAUUGCUGACAGUCUACCUCUGAGCGAUAGUGUCCUGAGGGGCAUUUCACAACUCCUCAGCCCGGCAGGAAGAUUAAAGGUCACAGGAAAGAGUAUAGUUGACCUUGCAGUACAAUUUGGCAUCUGCUCCAAACCUGAGGAUUCUGCUAAGCUCACAGAUGAGUUCUUGGAGUACCAGCUUGUAGAGGAUGAAGAAGACGCAUCUUCAACCCUUACUCUGGAACAAUACUGGUGUAAUGUGCUCAAGUCUUUUCCACCAGAAUCUAUCUUCAAGAGACUUGUCCUCUGUUUUUUGGUUUUGCCCUGUCCAUCUCUUGUGGCAGAAAAGAUCUUUGCACAGGCUGUUGAAAAUGGGGAUGCUGCUCAUUGGGAUGAUAGUUCAGGUGAAAGUGACACAGAUUUGGCGAAAGAUCUGGAUUACAAUGAUGACUCUUCUUUAGAGCACACUGAAGGCAAGAUUUCACCUACCAGAAAUGGGAGAAUGAAAAAAAACAGAAGCAGCACAUCAGAGAUGGUUCAACACUCAAACACAGUGAAGCCGUGUGUGGUGCAACUGGAGAAGAUCACCAGUCAGAGAGAAAUGGACUUAAGGAAAGAUGGAGCUGAUGAUGAUCUCUGGACAAGUAGCACAUUACAUGAGGGCUCCGUUAGGGGAAUAUACGGUUGGGAGAGCAGCUUACGGCAGAAACCACAGGAACGUACAGUCUUUCAGGCUGGUACAGGCACCUGGAGCAAACCGGUGAACCCAGACAAGAACAGCAAACCAGAGGCGGUUAAGAACAAUGCUUGUUCAUCUGCAUCAAGUUCGACCCUGAGCCCCAGACCUGGAAAGAGAGAACAACCGUACCAUGAUGGAAAAGGUUAUGCCAUUGGAGAGCUUGUGUGGGGAAAAGUAAAGGGCUUCUCUUGGUGGCCUGGACUGGUGGUGGCAUGGAAGGGCAGGAUGCUUCCUGUGUCGAUGAGGCGCGUGGAGUGGUUUGGAGAUGGCAUGUUUUCAGAGAUUCAUACAGAGGGACUGCUGCCCUUCGCUGCAUUUGCAAAGUGCUUUUUUAGUAAAUCCUAUGAAGGUCUGCCUACCUACAAGAAUGCUAUCUACCAAAUCCUAGAGUUGGCAGCGGAGCGCUGUGGGAAGACUUUCCCCCCCUCUGAGAAGAAAGGGGAAGAGGUGAAGGCUAUGCUGGAUUGGGCAUUUGGAGGCUUCCAGCCCAUGGGUCCUGAUGGCUUUUUGCCUCUUGUGGACAGCUCUACCAGUAAUAAAACUGAGUCUGAUUCCUCUGUGUCUGAUUAUCAGCCUCCAGCCAAGAGGAAGUACGUCAACAAGAACAGACAGUCAACUCAGGAUUACACCAGAGAUCAAAUGGUCAGUGAGGUAACCGUUAAAGGCAGAAACAUUGAAGAUUUCUGCCUGUCCUGUGGAACUGGCAACAUUGAAAUGUUCCAUCCUCUUUUUAAGGGAAGCCUUUGUUUUAAGUGCAAGGAGAACUUUACAGAGACGCUGUACAGGUAUGAUGAUGAUGGCUAUCAGUCGUACUGUACCAUAUGCUGUGCUGGACAAGAGGUCAUUCUUUGUGGAAACGCCAGCUGCUGCAGGUGUUUCUGUAAAGACUGUUUGAAUGUGUUGGUGGGACCAGGGACGUUCGAUAAUCUGAAGGAUGUUGACCCAUGGAGCUGUUACAUUUGCCUGCCCUCUAAGUGCUACGGCGUGCUCAAACUCAGGUCUGAUUGGAGAGUUCGUGUCCAGGAGUAUUUUGCCAAUAACAGUGCCUUUGAAUUUGAGCCACACAGAGUGUAUCCUUCAAUUCCAGCUCAUCAGCGUCGUCCAAUCAGAGUCCUCUCCCUGUUUGAUGGGAUUGCAACAGGCUAUCUCGUUUUAAAAGACCUGGGUUUUAAGGUGGAGCGCUACAUUGCCUCUGAGAUCUGUGAAGACUCCAUUGCUGUUGGAAUGAUUAAACAUGAGGGCCUGAUUGAAUAUGUAAAAGAUGUGCGCACCAUCACAAGGAAACAUCUGGCCGAGUGGGGGCCCUUUGACCUCCUGAUUGGUGGAAGUCCCUGUAAUGACCUGUCCAUGGUGAAUCCAGCCAGAAAAGGUCUUUUUGAAGGCACAGGUCGACUGUUCUUUGAAUAUUACCGCAUGUUAACCAUGAUGAGGCCAAAAGAGGAUGAUGAUCGCCCCUUUUUCUGGCUCUUUGAGAAUGUAGUAGCCAUGAGUGCCCACGACAAGGCUGAUAUCUGUCGUUUCCUGGAGUGUAAUCCUGUGAUGAUUGAUGCUGUGAAAGUAAGCCCAGCCCACAGGGCCCGUUACUUCUGGGGAAAUGUACCUGGAAUGAACCGACCACUUGCUACUUCACUCGCUGAUAAAGCAGAUCUGCAGGACUGCCUGGAGGUCGGACGAACUGCAAUGUUCAACAAAGUUCGCACGAUCACCACCAAGUCCAAUUCCAUCAAACAAGGGAAGAUGGGACCUCUACCAGUCACCAUGAAUGGAAAAGAGGACUAUCUUUGGUGCACUGAAAUGGAGAGAAUAUUUGGGUUCCCAAAGCAUUACACAGAUGUGAAUAAUAUGGGGCGGGGACAGAGGCAGAAGUUGCUUGGGCGGUCCUGGAGCGUUCCCGUGAUCCGACACCUCUUUGCCCCACUAAAGGAUUACUUUGCUUGCGAGUAAAACCACCGUCUGGUCCAGGCAGCACUGGCACUGGAGGUCCAAAUCGAGUCUCUCAGAUAUAUGAAAUUGAUGAUUUUUCCCCCCUGCAGAUUCUGACUUCACAGAAUAUUUUCCAAUUUUAAUGUUGCAUUUGUUCUAAACGUUCAGAAAGCAUGUUAUCCUGAUGAUUUAUCCUUGGAAUGCACAGACACUUUUGGAUUGGAUUUUGAGCAUCUUAAGUACUGUCGUUUUUAACUUGUAUACUUUUAAAGUCAUUUUAAUGCUGGAGAGAGCCACACGAUACUCCAUCCACUACCUCAGUGCCAUUCUGUGAUUGGUUCAUUGUCUGGAGGAAUGCCGCUUUAACUUAUUCAUUAAAUUAUAA